GGUGAUCCUUUUCCGCAGCGUCAGUGCCACGUGGACACACAACCCGUCUUGAUGACGUGUACCCGCAACCGUAGCCUCCCUAUAUAAAAUCCCUCACUUCUUUUUUCAUCCUCAUCCAUUUCCUCCAUUUCGUUUACUCUCACUCUCUUCUCCACAACCGGUUGAGACACGGACCCAUACCCCCUGCUUAAUCAAGCUCGGAUCUAGGUUUUUUUUUUUUUCUCUCAGACCUCCUCUGUCUUUGAUCUUGGCUUCACUGUCUUCUUCUUCGCUGUUUUUUUUUUUUGGUCUCAGUGUAAUCUCGAGGUCCAAACCGGAGGUCCGAUUUGGAGAUCCGGUUUGCUCCUCCUGUCUUGGCUCGAGAUCCGGGCCAAGCACAGAAGAGUUGGAUUCAGGUUCUAGAUUCAUUUGUAUUCAAAGGUACUAAUACACUUGCAUCUCCAAAGCCGAAAACAGUGACUGUAUAAAUGGCAUCGAGUGAGGGGUUUCUGACUCAUGAGCAAAGGGAAAUGUUGAAAAUAGCCAGCCAGAAUUCAGAAAUUUUGUCAUCAUCUCCGAAAUCCCCAACCUCCCUGCUCUCCGAUCAUCAAUUAAAAGUUCCUGCUGGUGGCAAGGCUCCAACAGCUGGGAUUGCGGUAAGGCAUGUGCGUAGGUCACACUCUGGGAAGUUUGUCCGAGUGAAGAAGGAUGGUGCUGGGGGUAAGGGAACAUGGGGAAAACUGCUUGAUGUUGAUGGUGAAUCCCACAUUGAUCGGAAUGAUCCCAACUACGACAGUGGAGAGGAACCGUAUCAGCUAGUUGGUUCAACUAUUUCUAUUUCUGAAGGAUGGCUUGAUGGCUCAUUUAUAAAAUCCUCUGGAGAGGGUGGAGAAUUACAGGACAACAAAGAAAAAGUUAGGCGGUAUAAAGAGGAGGUAGUGACUAUAAUUCACGAGUAUUUUCUCUCAGAUGACAUUCCGGAACUCAUCCACAGUCUUGAAGAUUUAGGGGCACACGAGUUUAACUCAAUUUUCUUGAAGAAGCUGAUCACCCUUGCAAUGGACAGGAAGAACAGAGAGAAAGAGAUGGCAUCUAUUUUGCUUUCUGCCCUUCACAUUGAGAUCUUCUCAACCGAAGACAUUGUAAAUGGAUUUGUCAUGCUCUUGGAAUCUGCAGAAGAUACAGCACUGGACAUUCUAGAUGCUUCAAAUGAGCUUGCCCUAUUUCUGGCUAGAGCUGUGAUUGAUGAUGUCUUGGCUCCACUGAAUCUUGAAGAGAUAGGUAGCAGGUUACCACCAAAUUGCAGUGGUAGUGAGACUGUGCAUAUGGCUAGAUCAUUAAUUGCUGCUCGUCAUGCUGGAGAGAGGAUCCUGAGAUGCUGGGGAGGUGGAACAGGGUGGGCUGUGGAGGAUGCGAAGGACAAGAUAAUGAAGCUGUUGGAGGAGUAUGAAAGUGGGGGCGUUGUGGCUGAAGCUUGUCAAUGCAUUCGUGAUCUUGGAAUGCCUUUCUUCAACCAUGAGGUGGUGAAGAAGGCAUUAGUGAUGGCCAUGGAGAAGAAGAAUGAUCAGAUGUUGGAUCUGCUGCAGGAGUGCUUUAGUGAGGGGCUCAUUACGAUCAAUCAGAUGACAAAAGGCUUCACCAGGGUGAAGGAUGGGCUUGAUGAUCUGGCUCUUGACAUCCCAAAUGCAAAGGAGAAAUUCAAUUUCUACAUGGAGUAUGCCCAGAAGAAAGGGUGGCUUUUGCCAUCCUUCGGGUCAUCUGCAGCAGCAGAUGCUCUGUCGAUUUCAGUCCCAGCUUCUUGAGAAGGACUUGCGUUUCUAUUUGUCUCUCUGAUGUAUGUUGUUGCCCCAUUACCUCUCUGUUACUGUUAAUUGCCUUGCAGUGCUCCAAAGGUGGAUAGAUAGAUAUGGGUUGUUUAGUUUUCUUCUGAUGUUUUCUUAUCCUCUCUUUGAAUGGUUAUCUGAUGGAGAUUCCUCUGAUCCCAGCCAAUGUACAAAGUUGGUCCUUUUUUGUUGUUGACAGUUUUAGGGUCAUGUCACAUCAAGAAUCAUUUUAGUUAUAGAUCAGUCUGAUGUGAUGCUCUGCUAUUGGGGGCAAUGUUAUGCUCUUCAUUCUGAGUAUUGUGAUUCUUCAUGCUUUUUA